AUGGCAAAGGCCGCCACGCCAAAACUCGCAGUCGCUGUUUCAAAAGCUGGAGGUCUGGGAUUCAUUGCUGCGGGUUAUCAAAGCGACUACCUUGAAGACCUGCUGGAAGAAGCCGAGAAGCUACUUCUCCAGGAAAGCACACCGGACAUGAGAAUAAAGACCGAGGCCGAGGACAAAGGGCCCAAGUUCCUGCCUAUUGGUGUCGGAUUCAUAGCGUGGAGCGCAUCCUUGGGAAAAGCGUUGCCCUGUUUCUCCAGAUACUGCCCGGCAGCAGUGUGGUUAUUUGCCCCAGCCAGGGGAUUCAAAGACCUCAUACCUUGGGCGGAUCAGAUUAGAAAGGCCACUGCGGGUAAGACCAGGAUCUGGGUUCAGGUCGGCUGUGUGGCUGAUGCGGUUGAGGUUGUCGAGGCUAUUGGCCCUGAUGUCAUUGUCGUUCAGGGGGUUGAUGCCGGUGGGCAUGCUCUAGCCCAGGGGGCUAGUAUUAUCUCUCUUUUGCCGGAAAUUAGUGACAAACUUCGGGAACUGCGCUCAGAUCCUACGAGACGAAUCGAUCUGAUUGCUGCUGGGGGUAUCAGUGAUAGUCGAGGUGUGCUUGCUGCCAUGGCACUUGGUGCGCAGGGUUGUGUUCUAGGAACACGAUUUCUUGCGAGCUAUGAAUGUUCCGUUACGGGUGGAUAUCAAGAAGCGAUACUAGAUGCUUCGGAUGGAGGUAUUAGCACAGUUCGAACGACCAUCUAUGACAAAGUUCGCGAUAUCCAUGGUUGGCCACAAACCUACGAUGGUCGCGGUCUAAUUAACAAGACUUAUGUUGACCAUGUGGCCGGUCUCAGUGAGAUUGAAAAUGGGAGGCUUUAUCGUGAGGAGCUUAAUAGGGGAGAUGGUGGCUACGGGACUGAUGGGAGACUAACUACAUAUGCUGGCACUGGGGUUGGACUUAUUAAGAAGGUCAUUCCUGCAGGCGACAUUGUCAAGUCAUUGCACGAGGGUAUAAAUGCCGCACUGAACGGGAGGGGAAAUAUAUCUAGACUUUGA